AAAGAGUAAAUUUCAUUGAUAAAAACACAUCAACGCCAGCCAGACUGCACUGGAUAACGAAGGAGAUUCAGACUGUCACAUCAGUGUCAAAUUGGAUUUUGUGAAAAUAGCUGCUGUUCUCUCUCUGGUAGUGCUCAAGGAAAGUGAUUAUUGUUUGUGCAAUUUUCCAAUCAUCGAUUGGUGGACAGUAACUGUUUGUAAGAAUCCAACUGGCUAAGACUACCGCUAGCAAAGUCAGCAAUUGGAAAGUGCAAUAAUGUCCAGCAAAAUCGAGGAAGCUCAAGAACAUAUUCGUCAGGCUGAGAAAAGCUUGAAAACAUCGCUGCUCAAAUGGAGGCCGGAUUACGAUUUUGCUGCUGAUGAGUAUAACAAAGCUGCAACAUGUUUCCGGAAUGCGAAAGCGUUGGACCAGUGCAAGGAGUGCCUGCUGAAGGCCUCGGACUGUCACCGCCAGAAUCGGGCCAUCUUCCACGCGGCCAAGUGUCUGGACCAGGUGAUCCUGAUCUGCAAGGACAUGAACAAUUUGGCCGAGGUGCGCAAGUACGCGGAAAAGGCUUGCAACCUCUACCAGCAGCAUGGAUCGCCCGAGUCCGGCGCGGCAACGCUCGAUAAGGCGGCCAAGAUUCUGGAGGGCACCAACCCGGAGGACGCCCUGCAGUUGUACAAGCUGGCGGUGGAUGUGGCCACGAUUGAAGAUUCCUCCCGCCAGGGCGCCGAAUACGCCAGCAAGGUGGCCCGAAUCAUGGUGAAGUUGGGAAUGUACGACCAGGCAGCGGAUGCCAUUCGGCGUGAAAUCGGUCUCCAUCAGCAAGUCGGUUCGGAGUCGGCCAUAGGGCGGCUGGCGGUUGCUUUGGUGCUUGUGCAGCUGGCGCGCGGCGAUUACGUGGCUGCCGAGAAGGCGUUCAAAGAAUGGGGUAAUUGUUGCGACGCCGCCGAGGUUCAAACGUUGGAAUCGUUGCUGCAGGCCUACGAUGAUGAGGAUCCGGAGCUGGCUGCUCGCGCUCUGGCAUCGCCCUUCAUCCGGCACAUGGACGUGGAGUACGCCCGAUUGGCCAGGGAUUUGCCCCUGCCGAAAGGCGUUGCCGUGGCUCCGAAGGCGAACGUUAUCGAAAAUGCCGCUGCAUCGUACGUGUCCCCCAACAGUGGCAAUGCGGCCGAGGGCGGGAAACCGGCCCCAGGGUCCGGCUUGGACGACGUGGAGGAAGGCGGUCUCUGUUAGUGUGCAAACAUUCUAGUCCCUAGCGAGCGGGUUGAGUUGUGUGAUAGAGGAGAUGCUGCUAUUAUAUUACGAUUAUUGUUAUUAGUAAGUAUAUUUAUAACUAGCGUAGAUUAUGAUCUAUAUUUUGAAGCAGAUCAGCAUUCAAUUUGAUGCGAGCUAACAAACUGGUUCGAAGAUGAUAAAGUGUCCCGUCGUCGAUAUGCGUAGUACUAAAACAAAGAUCAAAAGAAGUUUAUUUUUCAACGAAAGUUUAGCGUAAGUUCUAACAGAAUACAUUAACCGGCCAGAUGACCUUUGUUGCAUAAUUAGCUUUAACGAAACAUGAUGUUUUAAAACGACUGUUUAUAUCCUCUGACUCUCGUUGAAAGUGUAAAGUGGCAUAGAAUGAAAAGAAGGUCACAAAUAAGUAACAUAUAUCUUGGACCCUGAGACAAGGGCAUUUCUAGCAUUAACGGCGUAGCAACCCGCUAAUCUCGUAUCAGUAUAUCAAUCAAGGAAUAAAAAUUAAAAUCACAGACAAAAAAGAUAAAGCAGAAAACAGUAAGCGACAUUGUUAU